UGAGGCGUGAAGCGACGCGGAAGGUUGUGCAGUGAUGAAUGAUUUUCCUAUUAUACUGAUUUUUUUACUUUAACGAAUCAAUUCUUAACUCUUGUUUAUCGAUAAAGCCUAUCUGAUAGCUGAAAGGAAGAUUUUUAAGAAAAGCUCCCUUGAUCACACCAUGACUAUUGGAGAUGGUCCAACUGAAUGGGAAGCAGAGCCGGACCCAGCACCACUGGAGUCAGUGCCAGAAGAGAAUGAAGAAGAAGACGGUACCUUCACUGAGCCACGGCCUGGCACGAUCCUGUACGAGCUGCUGGUGUUCUGUGAGUGGCAUCUCGAGCCGCGCCUAGAGAGUCAGGAGCGCACACCAGCGCCCAGUCUGCGCCAGUGGGCGUCCAGCCUGUGGACACCGGCAGCGGCGACCCUGCCAGAGGCUGUCUCAGAGCUGGCGCGAUGCCAGCCGGCCUGGCACCUGGACCUUAGCCCUGACGGACAGCUGCUCGCUGUUUUACGAGAUGACGCCGUGGAGGUCCGCUCCGCUCGCGACAACUUCACCUCGAUCGUGGCCUGUGCGGAGCUGGUGGCGGACGCCGAGCCGCAGCGUCGCCGGCUGCGCUGGUCGCCUCCACCGGCCGGUCUCUCGGCGGCGGAGCCGGACGGCGAGCCUCCGCCGCCGCUGCUGGCCGUCGCCGCCAGUUCGGGAGCUGUGGACGUGCUGGAUGACACGCUGAACACGAUCUGCGUCAUCUACCCAACUGAGUACGGCCGCGCGGUCGGAGCGCCCGUCACCGAGCUGGUGUGGGCUCCGCCACGCACCCCCGGAUGGCAGGCGCUGCUGCUGGUGGUGGGGUAUAACGGAGAGGUGUCCGGAUACCACCUGUCACACACGGAGGGAUACCAGCACAUGUUCACCGCCUCGCUUGGGGUGUACCCGCACGGUAUCAGCAGCGCCACCUAUGACGAGCAGCGUCGUCUGCUAGUGGUGGCCGGGGAGAGCUCCCAGGUGGGCUGUGAGAGGCUCCAGGGUCUGGGCAGCUGCGAGGGCAUCACCUGCUGGAGGCUGGUGCACGGGCCGCCCCACCUGCAGCUAUGCCAGAGUGAACAGGAGAAGGAGUCGUCGCCGUCACUGCUGUGGCUGCCGUGGAGGCGCAGCCGCACCACCUGGGACCCGGUGAUCGCCCUCUCGCUCUGCCCCAGCUCGCGCCGCCUCCUCUCUGCGCACCGCUCUGGCGCUCUCACCAUCUGGGAGUUCCCCUCUCUCCGCAAACAGUCACACUGGCCGCUGGAGUCGCAGGCGGGCCACGAGGCCAUCAGCCCGGAGCUACUGCGGCUACCCACCGCCCGCCGACAGCGGCGGCUGCGCGCGCUGGGCGCCGGUGCCGCCCGCCCCGCCGCCAUCGCCUGGUGGACAGACGCCGCGGCCAUUCUGGCGCGCAGAAAUGGCGCGGUGACUGUGAGUGAUGCGGACUCACUAGAAAACCUCCUGGGCGAGAGUCCAGAGUUUUUCAGCGGCGCUCCGCGGGUGAGCGCGGGCCGCGCGGCAGGCGCCGGACAGGCGUGUCUGGUGUUGGAGUGUGAGAGGAGGACAGAGUCGGCGAGGAAGCGGGCAGAGAGUGGGAGGACGACCGAUGAGGAGGAGGAUGGGGAGGAGGAGGAGGAGCCGACGCCAGGAGUGCCGCGGAGGCUGCUGGACGGCGUCAGGUCGGGUCUCCACUGGCUAACCGACUCUGAGCGUUUUGAGCCGGCCCGCCGCCGUGCCCGCCUCAGCCAUACACUGUACCGUCUCACAUGUCUACGUAGUACCACACCGCAACAGCUGUAUGCCAGGAAGAUAGAGCUGGGGGAGUAUGGAGAGGCGCUUAUGCUGGCAGAGGCGUACAAGCUCGAUAGUGACCUGGUGUUUCUGAAACAAUGGCAGAAGUCUGACGUGUGCGCCGACUCGAUCCGUGACUACCUGGGCCGUAUCACGCGGCGCUCUCUGGUGCUCACUGAAUGCGUGUCUCGCGUACCUACCGACCCGGCGGCGGCCCACCUGCUACUCGAGCACGGCCUGCGCGGGACUGACUUUGAGGCAGUGCUGGCUGCCGGUGACCCCAGUGACGUUCAGUUCCACCCGUGUGACCCACGGCGCUGCUACGAGGAGCUGCCUUCCGAGCAGGCGGCGCUCCGGGAGCGGGCGGCGCGCCGGCAGCUGCUGGCUCAGCUGGGAGCCGCGCAGUUGACGGGUGAUCAGAGACAGGUGGUGGAGUACCGCCGCCGCCUGCUGGGGUACCGCGAGCGGCUCAAGACCUAUCUACGCCUGGUGGAAGGCGCUGGGAGACCGUAUGAUCCCGCCGAGUAUCGACGCUUCAGGGAUAGGACGGCACUGGAGGCGGCGCUGGAGUUUGCUCACGACUCUGACUGGGAGGCCCUGCAGGUGAUGCUGCGUUACCAUGGCAGCCAGCUGGCGUCCCACCGACUGCUGCUGCUCUAUCACAUACCGGAGACCACGGAGCCGGCACUCUACGCGCCUCUGCUGCCCGAGCUGGAUAGCGCCGACCGUGUCCGACCUCUGGAGACUGAGCGGUGGGAGGACGCGGACUGGGUGGACAGCCUGAUACUGGACGACGAGUCGCCCAAACACCGGCCCACAGAAGCCGACUGCCCCGCUUACGCCACGCCAUCGCGCGAGCUCACCGCCGACCAGGUGUCCGCCUGGUACGCCGGCCGGGCGCGCGACAUUGUGGCGCGAACUGGUCUGGUGGGCCACGGUCUGGACCUGGUCCAGCUGGGCCGGGAGAGGGGUGUAUCCGGUCUGGAACCUCUCAGGGAUGAUCUGGACACCCUGGCUACGCUGGUGUAUGAUGCCGGGCACUUGGAGGUGACUCUGGACUCGUUCGCCAAGAUGAAGCCCGAGAGGGUCGUGGAUCUGAUGAUGGCCGGAGCCACGGAGAGCACAUUCGUCUCCCAGUUACGCGGCCGACUGCUGCCGUACCUAUCACGCCGCGAGGAGACUGAUCCCGGCUCAGCGGCCGUCCUGCUGCGCUCGUACGUCCUCCGACUGGCCCGCGAGGAUCUGACUCUCCCGGCUCUUCUGGUUCGCUUCUCGUCACCUCCCGAACCUCGUCCGCUGAUCGCGGACACCGCCGAGCUCACGGCUCUGGCUCUGGAUGCCGUGUACGCCUGUCCAAAGCCGGAGUCAGCGGCGGCGGCUCGGCGGAUGGUGGCUGCGCUGCCGGCGGCGCCGCGGUCGGAGCAGCGUCAGGCGCGGGAGCUACUGGCGGCUCGGCUGGCUGCUGUGGAGCUCCUGGCCAGUCAUGGACAGCGGCUGUCGGUGGCAGAAUUGGCAGAGGUGGCGGAUAGUGAGGAGCGCGUGCGCGCCCUGCUGGAGAGGCUGUGUCGUACCCAGCUGAGGGAUACGAGUGUGACGACCGAGCCGAACUGGAGGAAACUGCUGGAUGAUAUGCUGGAGAUGCAGCAGAAGGUGUUCCAGGUGGUGAGUCCUCAGACAUGCCAGGAGAUCUUCGUGCUCGCUCUUCUCACCUCCUCCAACCCAGCGCACAUCCGUGCGGCUGAGACCCGACUGGAGACCCGCGCAGACGCGCCAGUGGACGUCACCAACGAAUACCUGCGCCGACUGCCCUUCGAGGCCUCCGUGAGGCUAGUGGUCACAGCUGCCAGCGAGUACUUUGACGGAUCGGCGAACCUGGCCGACCCCGGCAUCAAACUGGCCAAACAGUGCCUACAGCUGAUCCGCGACCCUCCGGAGCCGGUGCGCCGCGAGCUGGGUCUGGUGGAGAGUCUCGACUACCUGGUCCGGUUCGGGGUGACCCUUCUGCCGGUCCAGGUGCGCCUCACCGCCGACCGGCUCAGCCUGCUGAAACGCUGUCUGGACGCCAAACCGGACGCCUACCGCCACGACCAGGAGCUGCUGAAGCUGGCCGAGCUGCUGCACGUGCCGGACAGCUGGCGGCUGCUGCAGCUGACGGCUGAGCGAGCGCUUGCGGCCGGCGACCCGGCUGCUGCCGCGCGAGCCUGCCGCCAUCUGAUGGAUGGAGGACACACUACAGCCUGGGACGUGUGCCGUCAGGUGGCUGAGUUUGACGGCUACCGCAACUUUGACGAUAGGCUGGCCCUGCUCUCGUUCUCUCUACUCCACUGCCCCGCCGCCGAGCUGGAGCGUCUUCUGCGGCUGCGGCAGCAGCUGCUGGCUGCUCAGCUCUGCGUCAAACUGGAAAAACUGGCGACCACCCCGGACAGUUCAGCCAGUAAAGCUUCCAGUCCAGAAUGGGAGGAAGGGAGAGGGGCGGAGAACGGAGGAGAGAGGAACGGAGUCCGGCCGUCCGGGGAGGGUGAGGAGGCGGCGCAGGAGACGGGACAGAAGUCGGCGCAGGAUGAGAUAGACAGUGAGGAGUACUUUGGGGCCGAGGGUGACCGACAGCCCCCACCAGGGGAGGAGGCGGCGACGGGCGACGUCGGAGAGGAGCCAGAGACUGCUGUCGGGACUCGCUCUCCAGGAGAUGGACAGGCUUCCCCGAGCGAUGGACAGGCCUUCCCGAGCAGUGCUCCAUCCCCAGCGUCGGAGGAGCCGCUAGCCGCGCCGGCCGACGAGCCUGACUUCAAUCCGGUGUCUCUGUUGCGCAGCACGCGUGGUCUGACCGGCCACAUCGUUCGUGCUACGGCUAGCACCACGCGCGCAGUGUUUCAGGCGACCUCGGAGAGAACUCGUGCCGUGCUACAGGCUACCCAGGACGGCACGCGUGCUCUGGUGGCCGGGCAGCUACCGGCGGACCUUCUGAACGCCGGCAGUGCCACAGCGAACCUCCUCCGCAGCACUGUGUCGCGACUGGCCCCGGGUGAGCGCGCGGACCGCUCCCGGGACGCUGUGUCUGCCAACGCGGCACUCUUGCGGCCCGGCGCGCCUGCCUUCCUAGCCGACACAGUGCCGGGAUGUCACGACAGCGCGAUGGAUGUCGACUAUAGAUCUUUCUCCGCGCCGCAGCCGCCUCUGGCGCUGGAACUAGCGCUGGCGGCUGUGCGACUGGAGGCUCUUCAGGCGGCGGUGGAGUCGCGCCAGCCGGCGGCUCCAACUGAGGAGAGACUGCGGCCCCUGCUGCCGCUGCUUCUGGCUGAGGACACCGGUCUGGCUCUAGCCUGGAGUCUGACGCUGCCGGACAGCGAUCUGCGCGCCUGCUGUGAGAGCUGGCCGCCGGCUGAGCUCUCGCUCCGCGCCGCCGCCUACUGCGUGGCUCUGCGACUGGCGGCACGCCGCGGGGAGGUGGACCUUCUGACAACGUCGCCACAGGAGCUUAUCACAGCUGGCCUGGAGGGCGGUGAGCGGGACAGCGCGGACACGACGGAGCUACGGCAGCUGCUGAGUCAGCUCUGCGACAGACUCGAGGACGCCCGCCAGGCACGUCAGCUGCUGCGAUUGGAUCGCGGUGUAGACGUGAGUCGCUUCGCCACCGAGCCGGCCUACCAGCGAGAUACGAUUCUCGGUUUGGCUAUGACAGACGAGGAUUCAGCUCUGGAGACUGCCGACCGGCUGGCGCAACGUUAUGGUGUGCCGGCAGCCGAGAUGGCUCGAGAACAGAUUGUCUACUUAUUUUCGGCGCCAGAGCUGGCGGCUGAUGAGGUCCCUGAACGACUGAAGAGGCGGAAACUGGCUGAACAAGCAUUACAGGAACCAGAGGCACUGGCGACCGCUCUGCGCGAGCGUGUACUUCCAUCACUGGCCGGCACAGACCACGAACGACUGCUGAGCUGUCUUACACUACUGGUUCGCGCUGACCCGUCCGCUACUGAUGAAGUAACGGCUCGGGUCACCCUGUUACAUCUGCUCCGCGGCACGGGAGCUGACUUAGACCGACUACUGAAAGCCGACGGAGACCAGUUGGCCGCUGAGCUCGCCUCCGCGGUCUCUGCCGAAAACGUGGACUCACUCGAGGACCUCGCGCCGCGUCUCGGCAACGCGGCUCUCACCGGCUCUGCCGUGGCCGCUGCGUGGAUCGCAUCAGCCGCCGAGCGAGCCGCCGCGCCGCGCCUACAAACCCUGGAGGCCCAGCGGCGGAGACUGGACUUCCUGGCGCCGGCUGACUUUGAGCGCUGUGCGGCGCGCCUGCUCUUCAGUGACUCGGCGCUGAAAAUGUCACUGGCAGCGCGGCAGGAGGUGGCUGCCUCUCUGAAGGAGAGGGCGGGUGAGAGGAGUCCAGAAGAGGACUGGACUCCGGUGACGGAGAGGCUGGACGGGUGGAUGGAGCACAUGGAGUACCUGGAGUGGGACUCGUACACUGAGCUGCUGGAGUCGGCCGACGAUGACGUCUACAGGUUCGCUCGGCUAUUCGACCAAACCCGGGGCGAGUCGACCCGCCUGGCAGCUCUCCGUACCCAGAUGGUGGUCGAGGGCUGCCACCUAUCGGCCAUACGCCGAAUUAUGAAUGUAUUCCCACUGGACGAGGUGGCGCCAGUGCAUGAGGUCCUGCUGAGCGUGCUACAGGAGACCCUGGCGGCGCUGCGUGGCAGGAAGGAUACGUGUGACCUGCGCGCGCUGUCGGCGGUGCUGCUCCAGCUGAGGCGGUAUAUUGAGGAGGACGGAGAGGGACUGACGGCAGAUCAGGUGGUGGAGGAGUUCAGGCAGCUGUGCGAUGAUACCGAGGUGGACGCCGGUCGCCGUGUGAAGGCCGCCCGUCUGCUGACCAAACACUUCCCAGUAGACCGCGGACAGUUUCCGGCGCUGGUUCACGCGGACACGGUGGCCGCGCUGCCGGACACCCCUCUGUCCGCAGCGGACACGCGGGACGCCGCCGGCCGCGCCGCUCUCCUUCAGCGGCUGGUGGCGGAGGCCGACUCCGUGGACCGUCUGAGUGUGUUGCUGGGCGUCCUGCGCCGCUGGCCGGUGUUUCCAGACUCGGUGGCUGCCGAUCCGGCCACCAGCCCUCUCUGUGUGAUCUGUGGGCGCGCUCUGAGGUUGGACCCGGGUGAGGCGGGUCGUGGCCUGGUCGUGGCUGCCGCUGCGGAGCACGCGGGUACGGCAGCGCUACCGGCCCCCGCGCACGGUCGCCUGGCAGAACUGCUGGCGGAGGCUGGCGCGGGCGAGGCGGCGCUACACACCGCGCUACUCUCCAUUGAUACAGAUCUCCGACGGCAAGCCAUCGAGCGGGCUGAGCGGGUUGUGAUUGACGCUGCUCGCGCCCCUCCGCCCGACCCGGCAGCCACCCCCUCCGACCACAGUGAACCGACCGCGGCCCGACCCUGGCCUCUCUCUGAGUCUGUCCUGGACUCUCUGCUGUCUGCCGGCGCUCUUCCCCUACUGGUCGGCACGUCUUUGUACGGGCCGGCCGUGGCACACCUGUUAGACUCGGGUGGAGACGUGGCGACAGCGGCCAGCCAGCUCCGAGACGCAGGGAUGCAGUCUGAGGCAGCCGCGCUACAGUUCGAGGCACGCGCGGCCCGGCCUCCGCCGGGACAUGGUACCAUCAGUGCUGCCAAACACGCAGCGUCCAAGGUGUUCUCCAAGUGGCUGCACUAGCCUCAGGGCAUGCUGACUGAGAGAACGUCCAAGGUGUUCUGCAAGUGGCUGCGCUAACCGCAGGAAAGCGUUCGACCGUAAAAGCGGCUGACUGCUGACUGACUGUGAGAGCAUCAAUGUUGUUUUCCCAGUGGCUGCACGAGUGGCAGGACAUGCUGACUUUGGGAGACUUCGAGGUGUUCUAAAAGUUGCUAAGUAGCCCUCAGACACAGACAAGCUGAGAAUGUUAAAGGUGUUCAGGGCGACUUCAGGAUAUGAUGGUGUGGGUGAUGGGAUUGUGACUCUUGGAAAGGCGGCGAUGAUAACUGCUAAGCAGUAUCAUCAGACGUGUGUGCGUCUUGCUGGUGUGGUUAUUCCAUGGGGUGUGGUGGCUGAUCAUUGCUUGUUCCAGGGGACUUCCCAUGACCGAUUGGCGUGGUGCCUUGUUUAUGACAAAUCCCACUUAUCCAUGGGCUACGUAUUUAUUAAUUGAUGGAGAGUUACCUCACCGUAAGAGCAAUCAACUGAGCUAACUCAGCCAAGUCAGACAGGUCAGACAGUGGGUUGUCGGUUUGCAGGAGUACGCUUAAAUGUGGCGAAGUUGAAAAGUGCGUAUCGCAAUCGAAUGGGCGACCCAUCGAGACUUUCCCUGGUUAUACGCGAGCUUCCUUACUUAGUGCUUGGGAAAUCACGCGAAUAUGUUUUCUGAAUUCUGAUGGUUGUGAUAUUGUGGCACCCUAGCUUCCUAUAGUGAUAUCUGCAACGAAAGUUUCGUGAGCGGUUUGACAUGCUCAGCAAAUGAUGCAUGACUUCGCGUACAUUUUGUAAAAGCAUUGCCGAUUGUUUACCUACCUACCGUUUAUCACCAAGCGCUGCAAGCCUUGUGACGGGGUAUAUCUGCACAUGAACCGUUACGCAAUAAUUGUAGGUUAUGUUAGCCAGGAUCAGGGGCUUUCCACCGGCUUUGAUGGAGGUUUUUGUCUUUGGCAGCGUUUUGGGUCACCCGCUUGCCAUCACAUGCACGAUUCCGCUUCGUUGCUGCACUGUUCAGGGCAAUGGUGUCACUUUGCUAGUAAUUAUGUACGCAUGCCGCCUGGUAUGUUGGGAUGUACUGUGAUCAGAUGAAUAUAUAUUUUGGCUGAACAGGUAAAUUA